AUGUCAGAAUCUCCGCAUUCUUCCGAGUUUUAUGGACCAAUAGACCCACUAACCAUACCAAAUGCCCCUCUACAACGUCGACGUACUAUCGUUCGUCAAAAACAUGUAGCAGAGCAACCAAAACCCAAACUAAGCAUGGAUUUUCGAGGUCUCACUAUACCUAAUAGUGCUCCCAGCCAAAUAGCCUUAGAGUUUUUUAAACGUAAACUAACUCCCCAGCCCAUAAGCGUGGACCAGAGUACCACAUUAUGGGCACGGCGUCGCUCCAGUCAGCCUUCCAUAGACUGGAACCCCAAAAUUAGUUUUGACUUGCCUGAGGGCCUAAGCAUUGGGUCCGGCUCCAUGGCCAGACGCAAACAUUCCCUCUGGGGCAUGAGCGCGGCCCAACUCCAAUUCCUUCGUGAUCAGCACGAAAAGGAGCGUGAGGAAAGGGAACGCUCGAUCUAUGAACAAGAACUGCUGGAACUCCAGCUACAACAUCAAUAUUGGCUAAUGCAACAUAACAGUACCAAACCCCCGAAACAUCAGCAUUUGCUACAAAAACGUUCCCAACCCCCCAUGAAUUUACAAAAGUUUUCUGCAGUAAUACACGGACAGUACCAGAACCCGGCCUUGGUACAGCACUCUCAAACCCAAAUGUUCGCGGGUCGGAAGAUAACACAAGCCGGCUUCCUGAAUGCCCUGCCAAUGCGAGCGGCUACUGUCGCUGGACCGGGUGAGUAGAAUGUUGUACUUGAUAUUUUACAGCUGUUUUUUAAUAGUUAAAAAAGUAGGAAAAAUAUUAAAAAAUUUUUAUUUUUGAAAUUUUUUAUUGAAUUAAUUUUUUGGCAAGACCAAAGCAUAUCAUUUAGGAAAAAAAAUAUUUUUCAAACUUUUUUGGACCUAAAACAACACGUUGAAGCUAUUAUAAAGCUUUUAAAAAAGUCUUGUCGUUAGAUUACAUCUACUUCCACGUUCAAAAACCACAAGGCUUUUUGUCUUGAUAUAUUAGGUUGUUUAAAUAAUUCUGUGCUCCUAAUCUCGAAAAUUUCCUUUGAGAAAGGGCACUGAAUUUUUUGAACGACCUAAUGAUAUCCAUUUUACAAAGUUUUUAAAAUCUCAUUUUAAUGUUCACACACAUCACCUGUGUAGCGUUUGUUAAUGCACCCAAUUUUAAUCCCAAUUUCUGAAUGUGUAGGUACAGCAGCGGCGGCGGCAGCGGCCGUAGCAGCGGCUACAGCGUCAUCAGCCGGAGCCUUUCGUGCCACACCAAAUGGCGGAGUUAUGCCUCCGAACAAACGAGACUCGAUGGCAGCCAUUGCUGAUCUUCUAGUGGCUACGGGCGGUGGUAGGAAACCUCCUCGAUACGGUAAGUGGAACUUUGGAAAUUUUAAAAAAUGAAAUAAAUGUGUAAUUUUUAAAAUUUUUGUUAAAAUUUGUUUCUUUUGGGGUUCAAUAAUGGCAAAAAUAAUAUAAAUUUUUAUAUUUUAAUACCUAAAAUACUAUUUUUUAAAAGAAUGAGGGAUAACUUCACAAUAGAAAAAAAAAAUAUUCAUACCUAACCUUAUACCUAAACCUAAACCCUAGCUCAAAUAAAUCAAAAAUAUUAUAUUAACCUUCCCAUCCAAUGCCUUUCAAAUCCCUCUCAUAAUAAAUUACCGCCAACACCCAAUUCAUCACCUCCUUACAAGCGAUAUUACACAUGUUAUCCUUGUCCGUAUUGUCUUACGUUUAUACGAAGAAUUCAGCUGGGAAUCGCCCGGGUUAUUCUUCAAAUUUCAACAAUCUCCGUGAAGGAAUAUUGUUGUUGAACUUUUGGCGCGCCACCCUCAUCCAUUUCCCUGACGUUUUCAGGCCGAAAAGAACUGUCAGAGCUAAACGAAUUCCGUCUACAGGCUUUUACAAGUUUGUUUCCAUGCUCAUGGGUGUAA